AUGAACAUCCCUGCUCAAGCUGUAGACAUGGAGAUUGCUGAUGCAUUGCCGCCCCAAGGGGCAAAGGGCACAUCGCUGGGCGUCCAGAAGGCUUCCAUGAAGGCUGUCAGGGGUCAACGGACAAAGGCACAGAAGUCACGCAAGAACAAGAAAAUCGAAAAAGUGGGCGACCCUGCGGCAGCCCGGGCAGAUAAGGCAGUGGUGCGCAUUGGUGCUAAGACGGGCACGUUCGUGCCGCCGCUGGAGACUCCUUCCCAACGGACAGGGGCACAACUGUGGCUGCGGCUGUUGCUUCCACCACCGUUGCCUGGGCUUCUCGGAGGGGGCUGCUGGGGCAUCUCCACUAGCGGGGCAUCCAUUGACAGUACCAGCUGGCCACCCAGGAUAGUCCUCCACCGAGCCCUGCAAUGCAGAAUGCGUUGCCACCAGCCGAGCUGCACGGGUUGCACUCGCAGCGAGAAGAUGUUGGAAGUACAGACUAGCGAGUUGAGUCCGUAA